UCAACCAGAAGGAUCUAGUCAAGCACUUCUCCAAUUUCCAGCAAAUUAAUACUGACUCAUUAUCUGUCAAAAAGUUUGUUUAUUUAUUAUUGCAGAACCCACAUCAGACCUCCCAUGUUCUUCCAGAUUCAGAAUAACAACACAGACAAUUGAAUGUACCAAGAUUAAGGAGGAGAAGAAAAAUGGAAGCAAUGACAUCAGACAAAUUCUUGAAUGUGGGUGUGCUGAUCGUAGCUACUAUCGUGGUAGCGAAGCUUAUUUCAGCAUUUCUAAUACCCAGAUCCAGUAAGCGUCUUCCCCCAGUUGUCAAAAGUUUUCCGUUGAUCGGAGGACUUCUCAGGUUUCUGAAAGGUCCUAUAGUGAUGUUGAGGGAAGAAUACCCAAAGCUCGGCAGUGUUUUCACUCUGAAUCUACUGAACAAGAAGAUAACAUUCUUUGUCGGACCGGAGGUUUCUGUUCAUUUCUUUAAGGCGCCGGAAUCUGAUCUCAGCCAACAGGAGGUUUAUCAGUUCAAUGUACCCACAUUCGGCCCUGGUGUUGUAUUUGAUGUGGAUUACACUGUACGUCAGGAACAAUUCCGGUUUUUCACUGAAUCUCUUAGGGUUAACAAAUUGAAGGGAUAUGUUGAUCAAAUGGUCAUGGAAGCUGAGGAAUACUUCGCAAAAUGGGGAGAAAGUGGAGAGGUAGAUCUAAAGUAUGAACUAGAACAUCUAAUUAUCUUGACUGCUAGUAGAUGUCUUUUAGGUGUAGAAGUUAGAAACAAGCUGUUUGAUGAUGUAUCAGCUCUUUUCCAUGACCUAGACAAUGGUAUGCUCCCAAUCAGUGUCAUCUUCCCAUACCUACCCAUUCCGGCUCACAAACGUCGCGACCAAGCCCGCAAGAAACUCGCAGAGAUCUUCUCGAGCAUCAUAAAUUCACGAAAAGCCACUGGGAAGUCAGAAAAUGACAUGUUGCAGAGUUUCAUGGAUUCCAGAUAUAAAGAUGGUCGACAGACAACCGAGGCUGAAGUCACUGGAUUGUUAAUCGCAGCCCUUUUCGCCGGGCAGCACACCAGCUCCAUCACUUCCACUUGGACAGGGGCCUAUCUUCUAACCCACCCCAAAUAUAUGAAGGCUGUGAUCAAUGAACAGGAGACACUGCUGAAGAAACAUGGGGACAAGAUUGAACAUGACAUUCUUUCAGAGAUGGAUGUCUUGUACAGGUCCAUUAAGGAGGCUCUUAGACUCCACCCGCCUCUUAUAAUGCUCUUGCGUAGCUCUCAUUCCGAUUUUACUGUCAAGACUCGAGAAGGGAAGGAAUAUGAUAUUCCCAAAGGUCAUAUUGUGGCCACAUCGCCUGCCUUUGCUAAUAGACUUGACCAUGUUUUUAAGGAUCCCAAUUCCUAUGAUCCUGAGAGAUUUGCUGUGGGUAGGGAGGAAGAUAAGGUGGCCGGGGCCUUUUCUUAUAUAUCCUUUGGAGGUGGGAGGCAUGGCUGUUUAGGUGAGCCCUUUGCUUAUUUGCAGAUAAAGGCCAUUUGGAGUCAUUUGUUGAGGAAUUUUGAUCUCGAACUGCUUUCGCCUUUCCCCGAGAUCGACUGGAAUGCCAUGGUCGUAGGUGUCAAAGGUAAGGUUAUGGUCAGAUACAAACGCAGGAAACUUGCCCUUGUUGAUUAGUUUGGUUUUUUGGAAUUGUUGUUUAUCAUGUGUUUGUUUGAAUCUGAAAAGAGGAUUGUGUUGUUUAGCAUUAUUUUGAUUUGGAUUGAGAUUCUGUGAGACAGUUUCUUUAUGUAUUCUUUCUUAUCUACUAUUUUUAGUCA